AAUAAAAUUAGGUUAGGACGCUAAUAAAAAAAAAAAAUCAAGCGUAGAUUCGUAAAAAUGCUUUCGACAACAGAAAAAAUACCAGUUGUGAAAUUGAAUAGUUUGGCUGUGGAUAAUUUCUUAAAAAAAUUUCAAUUAAAAUCAGCAUCAAAACCAUCAUUGGAGUUAUUAAAAGAAUUACCAAGAAAACGAACUCAUAAAUGUACAGUUUGUGGACAUGAAUUUAAAAGUAGCUCACAUUUAACCGAACAUGAAAAGGUACACACGGGAGAAAAACCACUUAAGUGUCAUGUAUGCGAUAAAGCAUUUGCACGAGCCUCGAAUUUAAAACGACAUUUGACCACCCACAAAAAUACAAGCUCAACAAAAUCACAAAAAUGCCGAUAUUGUGACUAUGCAUUUGCAUCGAAAGUAAUUUUAGAACGUCACGAAAAAUUACAUUUAAAUUUUCGUGAAUUCAUUAAAAUCGAUAAUAAUUCAAUAAAACAGGAUAAUAAACUUUUUGAAAAUAUUAAUAAACAAAGUGAAAGUGAAAAAAAUGAGAAAUGUAGUGUGUGUAACAAGGAGUUUUUACGUAGUGAAAUCCAUGUAAUCGGUAACGCUUAUAAAUGUAAAGAAUGUGCCAAAGAAAUGUUAAAACCAGGUAAAAUAAUUCGUCAAGAAUUUGUAUAUAUUGUCGGGGAUACAACAGAUUUUCAAAAUGAAUCAGAAGAAAAUGCCCUAGAAGAUAUUUACACGCCCGUUAAAUCAUACGAAUGUGAUGUUUGCGAAAAAUCAUUCACAAAUCGUAAUGAUUUACAACAACAUAAGAAAACUGCACAUGUGAAACAGACACUAAAAACGCCGGAUAAAUCGAAAACGCCAGUUAGAAUUCCACAAGUUAAAUUAACACCGAUUAAAAUCCCACAAAUAAAGCUAACACCAUUGAAAAUAUCACCACAACAUAAAUGUACGAUAUGUAAUCGAAACUUUACGACAAAAUCCCAUUUAAUGGAACAUACAAUUCGAAUUCAUUCGAGUGAAAAACCAUUUAAGUGCAGCGUUUGUUCGUUAAAGUUUACACGUAGUUAUAAUUUAAAACGACACGAGAAACUACAUAAAGUCUUGAAAUGUGAACAAUGUAAGAAAAUCUUUACAAAUAAUGAAGAAUUUUCCAAGCAUAAACAUAAAGAACGAAAAUAUAAAUGUGAUAUGUGUGAAAAACAAUUUACGAAAAGACGUUUAUUGAAAAAACAUAAAUUAUUACAUAUUGGUAUACAAUUUUUCGAAUGUAAACUAUGUGAGAAAUUAUUUUCACAGGAGAAAUUUUUAGAAGCUCAUCAUAAUUUAGCUCAUGGUACACAGAAAUUUCAAUGUAUUAUCUGUGAUGAUACGUUCGUUUCGGAAUAUCUUUUAAAAGAACAUGUAAGCAAUGUACAUGUUUGAACGAUUUUUUUAAGUAUUGCAUUGAAAAGAGAAAAUGUGGUUCACACUGUACAGGGCUGCCAGUAGAACCAGCCUUUUUUUUUAUUCCGUUGGGUCACUGAAAUUAUUUCGAAUCAAAUCUUUUAAUACAGGCUGCUGUCUUUUUUAACUUGAUAUAUGACAAUUGAAUUUAGAGUUUUAGAGAUUGAUAGUACUGUACAGGAUGUCUUUUUUAGCUAGACAUAUGCGUGAGACUCCAAAAUUAGUUUAAUCGAGGAAAAUGCUUCAGACGAAAAACGUUAAUUUCAAAAACACACAUUUUACACGGGUAUUGAAUUCAAUCUAAGUUUUCCGGUUCAAUUACAAACUUUCUCUAAUUCAUAACUGGCAA